GCAGCUCAUUCUUGGUGCAUUGCACUCGAGCUGCGGUGCAUCUCGUGUCUACAUAAUUACAUAAUGAAAGUGAUCUUUCCUGCACCACUCUCGGUUCUCCCAAAUAUGAUGUGCCCUGAGAGGUUGUUAUCCUCACCGUCUCCAGUGAUUUCCACGUUGAGAUAGCUAUAUAAGGAGUUGUAAAUAUAAUUUUUAUAAUGAUGGUCGGUUUUGAUGUUGUAUAAUAAUUACAAACCCUUCAUCAAGUUUUUUUUAUUGCAUUUUUGAUCUUGUCCGGCGGUGCAGUGACGCAAGUAUUCAUUAUUUGAUGUUGAGAGCCCUAUAUAAAGGGUUCAUCGUAUUGGGAUGCACCAGCAUUCCUGAUUUGGAAACUGUUGCUUCUGCAUCAUCUUAUUAGACGGACAAACAUGAAGUGUUUUCUAAUUUUUAUAUUUAUCGUGUCUACUUCAACGGCAAACGCUCUUUUCCUCCCAUACAUUUUCCGAGCAUUGGGAAUUGAACAAACACCUGCUCCCGUAACUACACCACUAGGAGCACGCAAUGCUGCUCAAAACGUUCCAGCAACUCCUGCACAGCCUGCAUUUCCACAGCGUUUUUAUGCUCAACAGCCGUCCCAGGUAGCACCCUUGCAAACUGCUCCUCAAAGGCAACAGGCCCUUCCUUCAAGAUUUGCCAUUUUUCAAACUCAACAAUUAGUUGAGUCGCCUUACAGAGGCUAUGUGCUGUAUAAUAGCUACCUCUUGCCACAAGUGCAGGCCGAGAUUCCGAUUCACCCUGGCGAGACACAGAAAGUUGACGAAAAAGAAAUUGAAAACGCGCCAAUAAUUGUUGGAAGCGGAUAUGCUUUACACCCAUCAGAAUAAAAAUAACUGUUUUGCUUAAAAACUUGUUUUAUUAAUUACAUCAUCAAUGAUAGACAAACACGGCUUACAGGGGAUUUGGAUCUUCGUCCGUUUCCAUCUUUGGAGUCACAUACACCGUUUUAACAUUAGGCGAGCUCUGAAAACCAAAUUGAUUUUAAAAUUGUUGCAAAGAAGUAGUCAAGAAAUAUGAAAUAAACAAUUGAACUAAAUACCAAUCAACAAAAUCCAUCAAAUCCAAUAGACAUGUGGAUUCCUACAAAAAUUAUUACAUUCAAAGAUAGAUAAAGAUAAGAUACUGACAAUGAGGAUCAAAGAUGAAGUGGAAUAUUAACACAUGAUCAGAGAAACUUACAAAGUUUGCUCCCUGCUGUGCUGGAUUGAUUUUUACCACAGUAGGGGCAGAAGCCUACAAGAGAUAAUGG